CGCUCUGAGAAGACCCAGGAAUGACAACUCCCAACCUGCCCCGGGGCUCUUUCGCCCUCUCGAGCCCAGGCUGCAGCGUAACAUCCAUGUUUUGCUCCAGCUCAUUCUGUCCUUCCAGGGACCAGGGAAAGGAAAUGGCUACAGUGGAGCUAUUUGAGGGGCCAAUGGCCUUCGAGGAGGUGGCUGUGUAUUUCAGCGAAGAAGAGUGGGCUCUGCUGGACCCCGCUCAGAGAGCCCUCUACAGAGAUGUCAUGCAGGAGAACUAUGAGAACGUGACCUCUCUGGGGUUUCCAGUUUCCAAACCUGAUGUCACCUCCCAGCUGGAACAAGGGGAAGAGCCGUGGGCCCCAGAUCUCCAGGGCUCAGAGGAAAGCAAGAUCCUGAGAGGCAUCUGCACAGCAGGUGCUAGACUGGGGAGUGAGACCAUGGAGCAGAAUCCUCAGCAGGAAGAUGAUGAGGAAGUGGAACCACAUGGCACAUUAUUGCAAAGAUGCAAAGGGAGUGUGUCCAGGAGUUGUGAUCAGGGAAAAGCCGGUGAGAGUCAGCACAUUCCAGAGAGGUGGCAGGGGAACCAGCCAACACAGAAAGUUGGUCAAUCUGUUUAUUAUCGGGGAACUCAUAAACGUCUCAAGGAAACCACGGCCCAGCAGAGAAUCCCCAUGGGAGAGAGAAAUAACACAUGUGUUGAGUGUGGGAAAAAGUUCAGUAGGCGCUCACACCUUAUUAGACAUCAGAGAAUCCACACAGGGGAGCGCCCCUAUGAAUGCUGUGAGUGUGGGAAAACCUUUGCUCGGAUCUCAACCCUUAAUAAUCAUCAGAGGAUCCACACAGGGGAGAAACCCUAUGGAUGCUGUAAGUGUGGGAAAACCUUCACUGAGCGCUCAAAUCUUAUUCAACAUCAGAGGAUCCACACAGGGGAGAAACCCUAUGAAUGUUGUGAGUGUGGGAAAACCUUCACUCUCAGCUCUCAUCUCAUUAGACAUCAGAGAAUCCACAAAGGGGAGAGACCCCAUGAAUGCUGUACGUGCAGGAAAACCUUCACUGAGCGCUCAAACCUUAUUCAGCAUCAGAGGAUCCACGCAGGGGAGAAACCCUAUGAAUGUUGUGAGUGUGGGAAAACCUUCACUCGGUGCUCAACCCUUAUUAAACAUCAGAGAAUCCACAAAGGGGAGCGGCCCUAUGAAUGCUGCCAGUGUGGGAAAACUUUCACUCGGCGCUCACACCUUAUUAGACAUCAGAGGAUCCACACAGGAGAGAGACCCUACGAAUGCUCCGAGUGUGGGGAAUUCUUCCGUCAGAGCUCAGCCCUUAUUUGUCAUCAGAGAAUCUGCAAGGGAGUUAAAGACCAUAAAAACAUUGUCUAGGGCUAAGAAAAGAUUUUGUUUUCCAUUUGCUAAUUCCCACAUACUGAACUUUAAAGAAGCAUUUGUCUCACCGUGGU